GGGGGUUCAGUUGAAAUUACAUCAGACUCAGUAGGGGUAGAUUUUGGCUCCGGUGACUCUAAAGGCUCCGGGGGCUCCUGACUGUCUAUUGCCUUCGUGGUAGGCGGUGCUAGUACCGGAUGCUCAGAGUGAUUCAAAGGCGUUGCAAGAUCCAGAUGCUGCACCUCUUUUUCGGCCGCAAUCUCAGCCUGCGGGGGUGAGAACUGCGAGCUCCCUGAACUGGAAGAGAGAGUUGCAGAGCCGACAUCGUCAGACUUGAUGGCAUCACUCCCCUGGCUUGCAGCAACGUCUUUCUUUCCCGAAUGCUCUUCGACAACAGAUACUAGGACGUCCUGUGCCUUCUCCGGAGAAAGGGUCAUACGGCGCGUUAAUCGCAUUCUUUCCGGCAUUUCGACGAUUUCAUUGUCGGCUUCGUUUGGCGUGGUAGGAGGCUCUUCAGGUAUCACUUCCUUGUCCAUGAAGAUUUUCUUCAGCUGCAGAGUGGCCAAUCUUUUGAUAUCCUUUUCCGAAGGGAAGAAAUUCUUCUCGAACUCAGCAAAAGCAGCAUCCCAUUCGACAACCUUCUCCUGAACAGAGCGGAUCAC